CUAGGUUAUGUUAGUGUAAACAUCAAAAUUUUCCUUUCCUGAAAAUCUAGACAAAAAUUAUUUUUAAUCUCUUAUUUUUUAGUGUGAUGUGUUUUUAACAAACCUUCUUUCAGCUCCAAGAAUCUCGCACAACGCUAUGAACCACACUGUUUUAUCUUGCAUCUGAAUUCUAGUGACAAAGCACAAUGUCUAUUGAAAUUGAAUCGGCGGAUGUUAUCCGGUUAAUUCAACAAUACCUCAAGGAGUCAAACCUUACAAAAACUUUACAAGUCUUGCAGGAAGAAACUGGAGUCACGUUAAACACUGUGGAAAGUGUCGAUGGUUUUGUUACUGAUAUUAACAAUGGGCAUUGGGACGUUGUAUUGAAAGCAGUCCAAUCUCUCAAACUUCCUGAUAGUAAAUUGAUAGAUUUAUAUGAACAAGUAGUCAUAGAGCUUAUUGAGUUGCGUGAACUUGGAGCGGCUAGAACAUUACUCCGCCAGACAGAUCCAAUGAUCGUGAUGAAACAGCAAGAGCCCGAUAGAUAUAUUCACUUAGAAAAUCUUCUGGCUCGCUCGUAUUUUGACCCGAGGGAAGCAUAUCCAGAAGGCAAAACAAAGGAAAAACGAAGAGCAGCAAUUGCGCAAGCCUUAUCUGGAGAGGUCUCAGUUGUGCCAUCGUCAAGAUUACUGGCCCUUCUUGGUCAAGCGGUCAAGUGGCAGCAGCUUCAAGGACUUUUACCUCCAGGUACAACUAUUGAUCUGUUCCGAGGAAAAGCUGCCAUCAGAGAUCAAGAGGAAGAAAAAUACCCGACUCAAUUAUCGAAGCAGAUCAAGUUUGGCCAGAAGUCUCAUGUUGAGUGUGCAAGAUUUUCACCGGAUGGUCAAUACCUUGUUUCCGGAGCCGUAGAUGGCAUCAUAGAAGUGUGGAAUUUCACAACUGGAAAAAUACGAAAAGAUCUCAAAUAUCAGGCACAGGACAAUUUCAUGAUGAUGGAGAAAGCGGUUCUUUGCCUAUCCUUUAGUCGAGACUCUGAAAUGUUAGUGGGAGGCUCUGAAGAUGGACAGAUCAAAGUUUGGAAAAUUGCAUCCGGUCAAGUCCUGCGGAAAUUUGAGAAAGCCCACACCAAAGGAGUGACAUGUCUUCAAUUCUCUCGAGACAACAGUCAAGUACUGUCAGCAUCAUUUGAUAUGACCAUUAGGAUUCAUGGUUUGAAGUCAGGCAAGACACUGAAGGAGUUCCGUGGACACACAUCAUUUGUCAAUGAAGUAGCCUUCACAGUUGAUGGACACAAUUUACUAAGUGCUUCAAGUGAUGGAACAGUGAAAGUCUGGUCAGUAAAGUCAACAGAAUGUGUGAACACGUUUAAAUCCCUGGGAACAGCUGGAGCCACUGUCAACAGCGUUCAUAUUUUACCAAAAAAUAAUGACCAUUUUGUUGUCUGCAACAGAACAAAUAUCGUUGUCAUAAUGAAUAUGCAAGGACAGAUUGUCAGAUCGUUCUCCAGCGGUAAAAGAGAAGGUGGAGACUUUGUAUGUGCGACACUCUCACCACGCGGUGAAUGGAUAUAUUGUGUGGGAGAGGAUUUUGUCUUGUACUGCUUUUCCAUCACUUCUGGCAAAUUAGAAAGAACUUUAAACGUCCACGAGAAAGAUGUGAUCGGCGUGGCCCAUCAUCCGCACCAAAACUUACUUUGCACGUAUUCAGAAGAUGGUCUUCUUCGUAUCUGGAAGCCUUAAUUCUUUGUCUCCUCUCUAGAAUUUUUCAAUGUUGUUUUGGAUCUCGAAGUCAUAUCCACCAUGGCCAAUUCAAUUUCAGUCCCUCACCUCGUUAGUCAAUAAGCUUUUACCCAUCUUGUUGUAAAUAUAUUAAUUGUACAGACUUUUCGCAGAUAUUUUGUAAGACUUGACUCACUCUUUUUGUACCGUGUACAAAAUAAAUAUCUUAUCCUUUUUCUACUGA